UGCCAGCGAGUAGGUUUGUUUAUAAACAACUAGGGCAUAAAAAUUAUCGCAUCUCAUAAUAUAUCAUUUGGAUGCGUUUAAAUUAUAAAUAUGGAAAUGCUACAUACCUUGCUACCAAUAUUCAUCAAUUAUAGAAACAAUUUCCAACUUAAAACACCUGAAUUUGCGGUCUCUAAUUGCCUAGUUAGUGAGGAUAUAUCAACAAACACGAAAAAGUUAUUCGCUGUUGCAUAGUGAUGCUUUUCAAAAUAAUUUCUGGCAGCUCUGGGGUCACAUCUGCACUUUAAUUCGUCUCUGAAUUCCGUGAACACAAAUAUUGCUGUUUUAUACAUUAAAAAUAGUUUCCGGUAAAUGUUUUAGUUUGAAAUAUUAACGAUAUUAUUUGCUGCACCAAAAUGAGUGUAAAUCACAAGAUCAAAGCGUCGACCAGUACAAAUAACAUUUUGUCAGCGAAUUUAACAACGGUGUGCCGAACAUGCUUAGUAGAUGAAGCGGACUCCGACACGGAACUGUAUCGAAUCAAGGAAAUUUAUAUAGAAGAAGAAUCAACCAACACACAAGUACAAUCUUUUGAAGAAAUGCUAUGUCUGUUUGUGGAUGAUGAGAUUGGAAGAGACAGUUCAAAUAUUCCGAAUAGUAUUUGUAUGGCUUGUAUCGAAAAAACUCGUACUGCUUUUCAUUUUUUUGAAAUGUGCCGGCGAACAGAUGUUACUUUAAGAGAAUGCUUGUUGCGAAAUGACGAAUCUAUUAAAGUAGAAGAAAAUAAGCAGGGAACGGACUCUACAGAUGAUACAGAAAAGUAUACUUUGGAAGUAGUUGUUGUCGAUGAAACAGUUACGGAGUCACACAAAAAAAUAUCUGAAAAAACUAUCAAACGAAAUGUAUGUGAAAUUUGCUGUAAAUCAUUCAGUCAGCCACAAACGUUGAAUCGUCAUAAAAAAAUUCACACUAAGGAUAGUCAACCAGGAAAGCCUUGUGAAUAUUGUAAACGUUUAUUCCUUCGUUCUGAUGAUUUACGUAGGCAUAUAAGAACACAUACUAAUGAGCGACCAUAUGCUUGUGAUACGUGUCCUAAAGCAUUCAAACAGUCUAACGAACUGAAAGAUCAUAAAACUUCAGCCCAUUCAGAAUCCGGACAGCGGAGACAAUUUUCUUGCACGAUCUGCGGAAAGCAACUUGGUACUAGAAAUGGUUGGUAUGUACAUAUGAAGGUUCAUCGCGGUGAAAAAAAUCAUAACUGUUUAUUUUGCAAAAAACGGUUUGUUACUUCUGGUGAACUUACAUCGCAUCUGAAGCAUAUACAUACCUUUGAAGUUAACGCCGAAGUUCUGCAAUGUCGCAUUGAUGGAUGCAUUAAAAAUUUUGUUACAAAAUCAGCAUUACGUUUUCAUCAGAGCAAAAAACAUAAUGUUUAAAUAUGAAAGAAUUAGCUAUAGGUAUCAAAAAAAAAAAAAUUAUAAAACUGGCCAGGUGUCCUUUCGAAAAAUAACAUUUUUCAUUGUUUGAUUUUGGAAAACGCGUAAGAUGACUCAUGCUCGUAUACAUACAAACAUUUUGUAACCAUCAUUAUGUCAAAACAUAGAAAAGCUAUCGUUUAUUAGCAUAUUCAGGACUUAAGGCGCUUAUGUGUCAGCAUAUGCUCAUUCAAGUUUUUCACUCGUUUAAAGGACUUUUCGCAAAGGGCACAUACGUGAGGUCUCGCAUCAGAAUGAGUAUUUUCGUGUUCUUUGAGAUGAUACCUACAAAAAAAGUUGAACCGUAAUUCUAAUAUUAAACAAAUAAUAGAAAGUUUUACUUCAUGGCAAACAUCUUUCCACACUGCGCACAUUUAAACCUUCGUUGUUCAUGAUUCAGACUAUUAUGUUGGGCGAGACCUGUUGAAGUGUAGUAGGAUUUGCAGCAGAUGGUACAUAUAAAAUUUUUGGCAUCUUUAUGCUUCACUACAUCAUGAUAACGUAACGAACUGCGAUCAGUGAAACUUUGUGAGCAAAUCUCACAAUGAUACCGUUUGAUUUUCAAAUGAACCGACCGAAUAUGUUUUCUCAGCGUGGUAUCAUGAGUAAAUGAUUUGGAACA